AUGGCUGAAUUCGUGAAAAAGUUAACUAGUAAAGAUGUACAGGAACGGUGUAACGAGUGGGUAGAGUCUCAGAAGAAUUUCACGUAUACCGAUGAAGACAAACAGAAACGAAAACAAACCGACGACGAUGAUAGUUAUAAUACCGAUUCCGAGUUCGAUUCAAUAUCAGAAUGCGGUACGAAAAGAAGGAGAGUCGGUUUGCCGCUAAAACGCGAAGUUUAUCAUCUCUCUUGCGGAUGGACCAAUUGCGAAUACGAAACCAAUCGUGUUGAGAGAUUUGUGAAUCACGUGGCGGGCCAUGUGUCUGAUUUGAGUAUACGAACCAAUGAGAAGGGCAUUGACGUUUACGUAUGCAAAUGGAUUGGUUGUUUCUAUGAAAAUAACGAUCCUGACGAAAUUUCGAGACAUGUGAAUUACCAUGCAUAUCAUACAAAAUUAAAAUGCAUUGGAUCAAAUAUUCGCGCCAGAAUUAAAUUGCCGGUAUGCCGCCGAGACUCCGAAUGGAAAAAUGUUGUGGAUCUUCCAGCGCCUCUUCUUUGCCGCUGGGAGGAAUGUUUAAAACGUAUGAGAAAUUAUCAGCUAUACUUGUACCAUGUAGCUGCUCACAUCGAGGAAUGCCCACGGGGUAACAAAGUUGAGGGUGGUCUAGAAUGCAAAUGGACGGGUUGUGGUAGCUUCUACCCUAAUUUGUACAAAUUAAAAGAGCACAUGCGACGACACACAAAGGAAAAAAUUGUUGCUUGCCCUGAUUGUGGAGCUACAUUUGCAUCUAAUACAAAAUUUCAUGUACACUGCAAACGACAAAUUCCGCUUGAUGUUCAGGGCUUCCAGUGCUCUCAUUGUAACAAAUUUUAUCCCACGGAAGGAAUUUUAAGGGAUCACAUGCGAACGCAUAUUUUUAAUUAUAAAUGCAGUCUUUGCGAUAUGAGCUGCGAUACACCAGCCAGCUUAGCCAAACAUGUUCGAUACCGGCACGUUUCGUCUAGAAGUUUUCCUUGCCAGCUUUGUAGCCAUGCUGCCAAAUCUCAGCCGGAUCUUGAUUCUCACAUGUCAGUGCACACAAAUGGACACAACUUUUCGUGUCACAUGGAGAGCUGCCCAUACACGUGUAAGGGCGCCUAUUCUCUCGAUAGGCAUAUAGAACGAGUUCAUGGCAAGAAAGUACGGUGGUAUUGUUGUCAUGAAUGUCCCAUAAAGUAUAGGAAGAGUUACAGAUUGACAAAACAUUUAAUCGAAGUCCAUAAAUUACAACUGCUUAGCGGUCACACAAGAUUUCAAUAUACUCACGAUGAGGACGGUUGUUAUAGAUUGCAAAUGGUCAGAUACGAAGCUGUUGAAGAUGAAAGUAUUCCAUCUGUUGCACAACCAAAGUUUCAAGACAAAAAGUAUAAAAUCAAAUUGAAUCGAAGUUCCGGUGUGCCUCAAAUAGAGGUAUGCGAAGAUUUGGAUGAUAAAGCGGAGGAAUGUGAUGGGAAUGAAGCUGAAGAAAAGAUCGCAGCAGAGGGUUAUGAAGGAAAAUCCAUGCCUGUUAUAUCGAAUAUUUUAAUAUCAAUUGAUGAGACAGAUGCAGAUGGAAAUAUAAUCAGAAGCAGAACCGUGGAAGCGCAGGAAACUAGAGAAUUACCGCCUUCUGAAGGGCCGGCAUUGAUUUUCGAGUUUUAAUGCACAAUUCAAUAGAGAUCAAAUAUACAUUUUUUAUAAAAAGUUAAAAAUUUUUACACAGCCUGCUGCUUUCCCUCAUUUAAUUUAUCGAUACCUAUUUUAAAAUUAAUCUUAUUGGAAUAUUGCAGUAAUGAAUU